GGAGCGGUGAUGGCGGAGCCGGCGGAGCUGCAGCAGGAGUCGGUGGUGCGGUUCCUGGCGGCGCGGGGCGGGCGGGCGCGCAACGCGGAGCUGCUGGAGCAUUUCCGGGACUGGCUCAGCCCCCCGGAGCCCGAACGACGCGCCGCCGCCCGCCAGCGCUUUAAGGAGCUGGUCAACGCCGUGGCCACGGUACGACAGGAGCCCGGCACCGGUGUCAAGUACGUACACCUCCGACGCCGGUACUGUGCCCCGGAGCCCCCUGCCGCCUCCCAGACCCCCGGGGAGGCGGUAGCGGUGGGGGACAGCGCGGAUCGGCCGAAACCCGGGACGGGCGCAGAGGGGACGACGCCGCCGGCGGGCGAGGAUGCCGGCAGCCGCCCUCAGACCGCGGGGCGGCGGAACGAGCCGCCCCGGCCCAACGCGGCGGCGGGAGGAGGCCCGCGGAAGGGCUCCCGGCGGGGGCCGCCGCCCGGGGGCGGCGGAGGAGGCGAGGAAGCCGCGAUAGCGGCGGGCCCCGGGCGGCCUCCGCCGGCGGAGGAGGUGGGGGCGGCUGAGGGAGCCCCCGGGGCGGCGGUGCCGGGAGGCGGCCGCAGGAGCCUGAGGGAGGCGGCGCGGGGCAGCUCGCCCCAGCUGAAGCGCGGAGCCCUUCCCGGGGGGGGCCGCGGCCGCGGAGGAGACUCGGACAGCGCCUCAGUGGCCUCGUCUUCCGCCGAGGAGGAGGGAAGCACGACGGGCGCCGUGGCCCUGGACCCCCUGGAGCACGCCUGGAUGCUGUCAGCUUCGGACGGGCGGUGGGAGAGCCUGGAGGGGCUUCUGAGCUGCGAGCCGGCGCUGCUCUGCAAGCGGGACUUCAUCACCGGCUUCACGGUGCUGCACUGGGCCGCCAAGCACGGUCGGCAGGAGCUGCUGGCCACGCUGGUCAACUUUGCCCAGCGGCACCAGCUGCCCGUGGACAUCAACGCCCGAACCAGCGGCGGGCACACCGCGCUGCACAUCGCCGCCAUGCACGGCCACGCCGAGGUGGUGAAGCUGCUGGUAGGAGCCUACGACGCCGACGUGGACAUCCGAGACUACAGCGGGCGCAAGGCUGCUCAGUAUCUGCACCGGGGCACUUCGGGGGAUAUGCGUAACCUCGUGGGGGCCCUGGAGGAGGAAGAAGAGGAGGAGGAGGAGGAAGGGGCUGCCGGCAAUGGGAGUGGGCGCUGGAGGCUCUCCAAAGUGUUGCCCUCAAAUCUCAUAAACUACCGGCUCUCACACCACCAUCACCAUCACAACACGGGGGAGGAAGCCGAGGGCACUGAAGGGGCAGCGGUGCCAGGCAAGGGCAAGGAGGGGACCCGGAAAGGCACUGGUAGUGGGCGGAUGAAGCCUCGGCUUAAUAAGAUACGCUUCAGGACUCAGAUCAUCCACAACACGCCCUCCUUUCGUGGUGACACUGAGGAGGAAGAGCACGAGGAGAAAUCCCUGAAAGCAUCUUUCAAGCUCAGGCCAAAGUCCAACGUCUUUGGAUAAGGACAGGGAAUCUGAGGUCUGAGGGGUGGGCGCGUGGACCAAAGUGCCCUGGGGUGUAGCACGGGAGUUGAUGCAGGUACGAGUGGGUGCUCAUCUACACUCAAGUGCUCUGGGCAGAUGAGUCCUGAGUAUCUUGCUUUAAUUCUCAGUUAGGUGAUGUCAGUCGGUCCAGUGGGUCACUCUGGUGGCUUAAAAACUCCAAGAGCAGCUGCUUUGGCUGUGCCCUUGGUGCUGAAAUGAGAGGCAGAAGGUGUGUUGAGAAAUGCUGGGUUGGUUACAAGGUGUUCUCCUUUCUCUCUAAAGGCAGGCUUCAGGAUCAGAAACCUGUGACAGUGAAACUACUACAAUUAGCUGCUUGAGUGGGGGGGAAGAAAAGUGCAAAUGCUGUAUUCUUAUCAACCGGUACUAUAAACUACUUCAAACAACUUGUUAUUACAGAAGAGCACCUCCGUAAUAUGCAAGUAUACUUUAAGUUUCUCUUUAACAGCAAUACUGCCUGGCACAUUGUGGAGUAGGGUACCCCACAUGAGAUGGAAGACAAAGAUUUCGUGUCAGAAUCCGAGCAUCAAUCCAGCAAAGACUUGAGCCUGUGUUGACUUUAUGCAUUAGUAAUUGCCCGCUUUGUCAUCAUUAAUAUAUUAAUUGAAAAGAAUUAAUUGCACUGCAAACAAUGAAUAAAGUUGACCAUGUGCAGAAGUCUCUGCUGUCUGAGGUACUACUGAGCUUGCUUAUCGCUGUUGGAAUACUAAUACAAGAUAAUGGAAAGCAAAGAGUCUCUUUAUAUAUUUGGUAUCUUAAGUUUUGUCUUAGGCAAAGCAGUUUUAUGUUAACCACUGUGAAUUCUCAAGUGCCAGACCUAGCGCAGUUCUAGUUAUUAAGUCUGGUCAAUUCUUGUUUGUUAUCUGUGUAACUCAUUGCAUUUAAAAUACAAAAUUGUGUUGUAUGUGCCACCUGUGAAAACUGUUCUCUUUUAGAAAAGAGCACAAACACCACUGCAUGAAAUCUUCAUGAAACUCUAAUAUGGUCCUGUAAUGUAAUGGCUACAGGUCUGUGUUCAUUAGUGACAUGUGCCAAUCCCUUUGACUGACUUUCUGCAGAAAUUUGGGAGGGGGGCAGAACAAAUUGGGAUGCAUGAAUUCACUUCAUACACAGGGUGAAUAAAUAGAAGUCUGAAAUUUUAUCACUGGGUGAAUUCAUCCUGAGUGAAAGCACUAUGACAUAUUCCAGUUAAGUGAUGGCAGUGGUGUUUGAGUUCUUCUAAACCUGUAUUUCUAGAGAAGGGAUAACCAAGGCUUUGAACUGUUGUUUAACAAACUAGUAAGUCUUAAUCUGAUUGACAAGCCUAUCAGUCUGCUAAAGCUUUCAGAAACCUGAAUCUUGUUUCUGUUCUGUUUCUGAACCUUGUUCUUGUUUAAAGGUAGCGAUUCUAGUGAAAUUUAGGAGGCAGAUUUGUAUCCAGAUUUGGCUUUCUCUAAGAAUGAGGUAUUGAGCUGACCCUGGAUCCUGAAUGCUACUGAAUGUAGCAGCUCAUCAUGUUAAGGUACUGCCCAUUCCAGUGCAGCAUCUGUCACAGCAUGUUUUGACUUGGCUUCCUCAGAAUGUAUGGGCACGUCUGGCCAGUAAAUAACCAAAAGUAGAUAGGCUUUGAUGUGUUAAAAUCCACAUUUAGACACUGAUAAAGUGCAUGCCACAAGCUGUAAAACACCUCACAGGGAAACUGCUGCUGGGAGUUGUGCACUUUCAAGGUGACAGCUGGCUGUAGCUGUUGCUGGUGGCUCACAUUUCUUGUAAUGACAGGGGAAAGGAGUGCUAGUGAUCCAUUGAUUUCAGACUUCCCGUGCAGAUAAACUACCAGUUUCUGCAUUUUGUGUCAAAACCUAAUAAAUGACAGUAUUUGCACACAACUAUUUCUGGGAAAAGUUACAUGGAAAAAAAAUAAAAUUGAAUCUCUGCAUAGGUACUGGUCAUUACUUUUGUGUAAAAAGACUAGAAAUAAUAUAGAGAUUCAGCUUUAGUUUAUACUUUAUAAGCUAUUUUAUUAUAGAUUUCAUGUGCCUUCAUUUUGGGUUGGUUACCACAAAUGUAAUGGAUAAAAUCAGGCUUGCAGAGCACUUAGGCUUUAUGUCUGUGGGAUAAAACUAGAGAUUUUUCCUCAGCCCUUCCCAUUUAAGCUAUAAACGUGUACAACAAUGAGGGGUCUGAAAGGAGAAGGAUGUUGGGGGGGAGGAAAUUAAUUCAUAUUAUACUGUAGAGCUAAUUCUUUUGUAACAGAGAAGAGAAUUAAAUGCCUAAAUCUUGAACUUCGUUCUGAAAGACAAAUAUCUUUGUGGGCUUCUGUAGAAAGGAAAUUUUCUGACUGAAGAUUUUCAACGUGAGCACUCUUCAGCAUGGCCACUUCUGAACUGAGUAUACAUUCCAUGCAGCUGCCUAUAUCCAAACCUUAUUAAAGUAGCUUUCUGCUUUGAGAGUUUAUAGCUCUUUCAUACGAGCUAUUGGGUGGAGUGCUUAUCCCUUCACAAUGCAAAUAGUAAAGAAUUGCACAAAAAAUACUGAGUCUUCGGUAGCCGUUGAGGUCUAGGUAAAUAAUUUGAGGGUUUUACUGCUUUGGGAUUUGAAAUAUAGCACACUUUGGAUUUGAAAAGACUAACUGGAACAUAGUUUUGUCUUACAUAAUAUGGCAGAACUUUGGUAAUUACUAAGGGAACUUGAAAAUGGUAAAAAGAUGCCUCAUUUGUAAAUCAUUAUUUGAUGUAUCAAGGUGAAACUAUUGGUCCACUGGUACUGUUUAGGUGUCAGUUACUGAAAUUUCAUUGUAAUGGUCCAAAGGUCUUUGCAAGGUAGGGUGCAACAGUCCAGACAUCUCUGUUGGUAUUUAAGAUAUACUGAUGAAUGGCUUGAUAACCACUAUGUCUCUCUGCGCUAUGGGACUAAAGCACUUUGAUUUCACAUUUUGACUUGUCACAUUCCAUGUGGUUACUUUUUAUAACAUGAGCUAAAACUUAAGGGUUUUUUGGAGAUAGGAAAGGCUUGAUGCCCUGUUUCAGAAUAUUUGUGGUCUAAAGGUACUAUUGAGUAAAAUAUUUUGGAUACAUUGCUAGAAAGAUGUGAAUUUGAAAUAAAGUUGUGUGGUACAGAAAACUGGAGCCCUUGGUGUCUUUUUAAUGGUACUCUUGAAGUUACUGAAUGUGUUCCCUUUGUAUGAUGGUGUGUAAGGCAACAAGAGUCAGGUAAUCCUUUGAUUAUUGUUUCUUAAGUUUGAAAUAUUGUAGCAGCCUGAAAGCCUGUCAGUUUUUAUUAAUACAACUCUUUAUGGAUAUCUUUCCAAAUGAGUGUGAGUUAAGAAUCUGUAAGCCUUAGUUUUACUGAAAUAAUAAUAAAAAAGCCCCUUAAUUGUUUA